GGCCGAUAGCCGUCAGAUCUAGAGCAGGCUUCAGGCUCAAGGGGCUCACAGCGAGUGUCUACAGGAUUCUGCAGUGCCGAAAGCGAGGUCUGGAGGAACUCUGACGGCGUAAUUCGACGGAAGCUCCGGCUUGUCGAGGUUUUCCGAGGCGACGCCCUUGCCCGCCAAGCAGACUCGUCAGGCAAGACGCUCGCAGCAUACGCAUCAGGAUCACGUACACGGCCAUCAUUUCACAGGAUCGGAUGGCCUACGCAUCCACCAGUCGGCUGCCGAUAGACAGCAAGACCGCUCAGCCUCUGACGCGGACAACUUUGGGCCGGAUCCCAGCCAUGUCGAGCCUGUUGAUGGCCCUGCUCGUUCUGAUAGCAGCGAGUCAACCUGCUCGAGCACAGCAUAAUGCCGCGGACAACAUCACAUCACUCGCCGGCACCUGGUCGUCUGGAUCUGGAAAUGUUAUCACUGGGCCCGGCUUCGCAAACCCGGUCAACUUCUCAUUCGCCUACCCGGCGACGACGGGCAUCGCGUACUCGUUCACCGAUGAUGGUCACUUUGAAGAGGCGCAGUAUCGUUUUGACGCGAACGGCACCGAGCCGCACUGUGUAAAGGCGUUCUUCAUCUUCCAGCAUGGCACAUACGAAUUUCAACCGAACGGUUCCAUCACGACACUACCUAUCGCAGCAGAUGGCAGGAUACAAGUACAAGAUCCCUGUGCAGCCGAGUCCUCGGUCAUCACGUACUACUAUGAGCCUGCGAUCUUCCAAUCAUGGUUGAUCUACAACGAUCAGAACCACAAUGCAUACGGCUUGCAGCUAUCCGCCUUCGAUGGCUCGCUGCUGCCGAGGCUGUUCCUUAAAUACACACCGCCAGCCAUGUGGCCGACUACGCAGCUCACGACAAACAGAUCGACCGUGCAAACAAACGAAGCCAACGCGAAACGCGAUCUCGUGCAGCAAUCGCUUCUGCAAGCCGAGCUCGUCAAACGCGGGUCAGCGACAUCUUCUAGCCCGAGUACGGUUGGCAUCCAAGCUGCAGGUCUACUCGGUCUCCUCAGUCUCGGCUUCGUCCUUGUCCGAUGAGCAAGCGCGAAUUAUGCAGACCCACGCUUUCGCACGACACACUUUUCACACGCGUCAUGCUUGAUAGGCCCUCAUCAUCACGGACACUGAGCAUCUGCUGCUAGUCUACUAUUGUAACACUCCUUGUAUACCUUGUGCGCAUGG